UAUACACAAAGUUUCCUCACUGAAGCCAGCAGACAGGCAGAGACACAGCAAACAGUCAGAGCCGGGUCUUUUUUCCCUCUCCGUGAUCCCCACUGGCCUCAUCACUCCAUGGGACUCCAGACCUGGCCACCAAGCAAACCAUCGCUGUCCUCCAUGGCCUGCCUUGAUGUGGAGACCCCUUCAAUCUGCAGGGGUAAAUUCAAAUCAGUCCUCCAGCUCUGUCUACAGCAGAGGAGAACUCGGGAGCAGCUUGUGGAUCAAGGUAUCAUGCCACCUUUGAAAACACCUGCUGCCUUUCAUGAGAAGAUUCGCAGCCUGGAGAGAGCCAGGACUGGGAAUUUUUUAAAACACAAACUCUGCAGCAGGCCAGAGCGCUCUGAGCUGGUCCGUUUACACAUCCUGGAAGAAACACAGGUGGAGCCCUCCCUGCAGGCCACACAGAUAAAGCUGAAAAGAGCCAGACUGGCUGAUGAUCUCAAUGAGAAAAUCGCCCAGCGGCCUGGACCUAUGGAGCUGGUAGAGAAGAAAAUCCUGCCGGUUGACUCCAAUGUGGAAAAGCUCAUAGAUGGUGGUAAGACCAAUCAGUCAAAUCCCUCAGAUGUUUAUAACUUUGAUGAGGACAGCAGUGAUACAUCAUCACCACAACUUCCUGCCAGCCAAGAAUCUCCCUGCUCCAUGCUGGCCUCUCCACAGGAGUCUGGAGGGACUGAGGCCACAUAUGCUUCUUCUAACUUGAACACCCCCAUACAGCAGUCCUCAACACUCAGCGCACAGUCUGCAGCAGAUGUAGUCAACCUUGUACAAACCACCGAGCGGCAGAGCAACCAGCAGCCACGUCAGCCCAACAAUGCUGUUGUGCCCAGCACUUCUUCAGGGCCAGUUCUUGUGAAGCAAAGCUUGGCGAAGCUACCUGCUGACAAAAGCCGCAGCAAAAAGAGCAAAGAGCCCAAACCACAGGUGAAAAAGUUGAAGUACCAUCAGUACAUUCCACCCGACCAAAAGCAAGAGCUCAGUGAGUUGCCAAUGGACUCCUCUUAUGCUCGCCUCCUGCAACAACAGCAGCAGUUCCUGCAGCUCCAGAUUCUAAGUCAGCAACAGCAGCAAUACAACCACCAGGGCAUCGUACCAGCCACUCUAAAAUCAACAACUGAGGCACAAACCAGCUGUUCUGUUCUUCUGAGAGGAAACACUCCGUCUGCUCCGGUGCAGCUCCACCACACUCAGACAAAUCACAAACCAAAUCAUUUACCAGCUAAUCUGGAUGAGAUGAAGGUUGCUGAGCUGAAAAUGGAACUGAAACUCCGAUUUUUGCCUGUUUCUGGGACUAAAACAGAUCUUAUAGAGCGGCUAAAGUUGUUUCAGGAGAGCUCUAACAUCCAUAGUGUUCCUGCCAUGGAGACAGCAGCAUCUCAUUCUGAAAACACAAAGCUAACUCCUCCUGUUUCUGUCAUAGCUUUUGAAGUGUCACAUCUGGGAAUAGAGGACAGUAAUAUAGCAGACAGCCCAGCAAAGCUGCUUUUUGAUUCUCAAAGUCAUACUGCUCCAUACAUAAGCCCCCCACACAGAGCAUCACACGAACAACGUCUCACAGAGACAAAGUCCAAUGAGAAGGACUCUGAAAAGGACAAGCGUCUGCAUGAGAAGGAGCAACAGAUUGAGGAGCUGAAGAGAAAGCUGGAGUAUGAGCAGAAAUUGGUGGAGGAACUGAAAAUGCAACUGGAGGUGGAGAAAAGAAGUCAGCAGGGGGACUCUCCACCUCAACUUAGUCCCCUGGUUGAAGUCCAGGUUAAAGAGGAAAACAAGACGCUGUCAAACUGCACAAUGUCCUGCAGCUCUCCUGGUUUGUCAGUAUUGGUCAAACAGGAAGAAUCUGCAGAUCAAAACCAUGUUACCAGUCCAAAUAAAUUCAUCGUCAGUCACCAGACCAUCACAGAGCCUGAAACCCUGCAGUCUCUCCAGGCUGGAUCUCAGAACCUCCUGCCCACAUCUCUUCCUGCCACUGUGAAGCUCCCUGCCAAAAACAUUGAAUUACGCACUACUGUUAGCGGCGCAGCCCCAGGCCACAUACAGACCUCUGGACAGGUGCCACAGAAAAUAAAGGUCUCAGCAGCAAAACAGCAACAAUGCAGCACUCAAACACAGCAACUGACAAAGACAUGGAGUGUGAAUACCAACACACAAAACUCUCUAAAUACAUUCCCAGUGAGUGGAUGCACCGCAGUAGCCUCCACUAAUAACGCUGUACCAAAAGGACCAAGAAAAAAGUCUCCCUGUUUCAGCCCAACUCCUGUGAUUUUACAGCAGACAGAAUUCACAAACCAUGCGUCAAAAAGUAAAGAUCCACCCCGCUAUGAGGACGCAGUUAAACAGGCACGCAGCAUGUCAUCAGCUGCUCAGGGUCCCACUGCAGCUAGCCAGCAGAUGGAUGACCUGUUUGACGUGUUGAUUGAAAGUGGUGAGAUCUCCCCUUUCAUCAGGCAGGACCCUCCUAGUUUGGACAAACCUCUCCCUGUGACAGCCAGUGUAACCACCCUUCCCAUCAACACAGUUUUGUCCCGGCCACCACCCUUAAUACAGGUGGCCCAGCUUCCUGCUGCACUGCUCAACCCUGCGAACAGCUUGGCAGCCUUGACCUCUGACAACCAGCUGGGAACCCUUCUGGAUGGCACUCUAGUCACUGACACUGAGCCACAGGAACUAAAGCUGAUGGAGGAAUUAAUUUCACCUGUGAUCGUUAUGGACGUGGACUUGAAUGAAAACAUGCCACCCUCUGCUCUGAAUAUGCAAAAUACCACCACCACAGACAGUAUGGAUUGGCUGGACCUUACUCUGUCUGUGCCAGCAGAGGGUGUUAAUCCUUUGGACAUAUCAGUGCCAGUAGGUGUCUUCUCCUCAGACUUCCUGGACUCUAAUGAAAUACACCUAUGGGACUGAGUCUUGCUAAGGUGAUUUUUUAUUUUUUAUUUUAUUUUUUUUAAUCUGUAAGGUAAUUCAUUCCUAUUUCAUUUUUACGUGUCCAUGAGACAGUAAGGGCUGUUGGGCAUUUUCAUGACUCUGUUCUGCUUUUUGCCCAUAUAUUUCAGCUCAAUAAUAAUCUGAUCAUGCAAUGUGAGCUUAGUUAGUUAGUUUAGUUAUUUCUUUUUUUAAUUUUUAAACACUGAUUAUAUAUAGGGUAUAGAGUUGAUGUAGAUAAACGGUACUGGCAGGUUAAACUAAAAGUAGAUUUAAUUUCUAAGAAUUCCAUCUGAAAUUAUUUUAUUGAUUUAUGAGUCUGCUUGUACUUAAUCAGUUACACUCUGUGUGAUGCAGCAGGCAGGACAAAAAAGAUGUGCUAAUCCUUUUUGAGGAUGGACAUUCACUGCUUAUAGCCAAAGGUUGUUUAUUGCCCUGUCUUAUAAUGAUUAAUGCUAUCAUAACAGACUAUAAACACACAACGCCCUCAUGUUCCUGAUGUGUAUGCAAACCUAAAUCAGACAUUUAAUGGAAGCUGGAGAAUGAAUUUGACAACACAAGAGACCCAAAAGCAGAAGGCAUAGCAUCAUCGACCAAACCAGUCCUUGUUGUUUCUUUCUUUCUUUCUUUCUUUCUUUCUUUCUUUCUUUCUUUCUUUCUUUCUUUCUUUCUUUCUUUCUUUUCCGUAGCCGAAGCCUCUAAGAGAAUCUUUACCAACAGUUAAAAGAAACUUCUUACAAAAGUAAUCUGUUGUGCAGUAUUUACCUUUAUUUGUUUCAUUAAAGUAAUCUUUUUUUUUUUUUUGCAGUUUACUCAGUAAGUGUACACAUCUCAUGAUUUCUUUGCACAGUUAUGGAGUUUCAGCCAAGUUACAGACUCAACCUAGACACAAUGAUAACAUCAACACACUCAGAUAACUUCAUAUAUUAUUGUAUUUUAGUGACAUCUGCUGGCUGGUUGACUUAAAUUAGCUUCAGUUCAGGACUACAAUGGUUUUUCUGUUAUAGCAAAGGUCAAAUUACAUAACUGAGAAAAGUAAUAACACUUAUAGUCAAAGAAAACAAAGUGUACAGUGUAAUGUAGGCAGUGCUCUGUAUGUGUUUGGGUGUAAAAUACAGUCAGUCUUUUUCUUUUUUUUCUGUCUUUUUUAAAUAAUCGUUUUUUUAACGUUGAAAAAAAAAAUGUCUCUUUUUUGCCUUUGGAGUUACGUGCAGGAGUGAGAAAUAGCUCCUCUUUUCUUUACGAGAAUAGUUUAUAUGCUCUUCACACAAGGUAUAUUUGUUACUUUUUUUAUACAAACAUAGAUUCAGCUGUUUUAUAAAUGCAACAACUAUUUCAGAUUUCACAUUUUUCCUUUAGGUACAGAUAUACACAUUUAUUAGGUUGUCAAUAAAAAAAAGAUGCACAAGAAAAUUUGUAAAUUUUUGUAAACAAGUUAGAACAAUUUAGGAAACACACACACACAAUCAUACUUUCUUUUUCUCACACACAUACAGUAUCUCACAGAAGUG